UGCACGGAUCGUACUGCAAGAGUGCUAGAGAAAAUGUCGGAAAAAGGCGAAUCAAACGGACAUAUUACGGUCACAGUCACCUCACCCUCAAACGAGGAACAGGUCAUCACUGAUGAGGAACAGGUCAUCACUGAUGAGGAACAAGUCAUCACUGAUGAGGAAAACGGUUACGAGCUCCAAGUUGAAGUGGAGGCGAAGCGGAAAGGAUGGGGAAAUAAAUUAGAGUACAUGCUUGCCACUGUCGGAUUUGCUGUUGGUCUUGGAAAUGUAUGGCGUUUCCCUUACUUGUGCCAAAAGAAUGGAGGAGGUGCUUUUCUCAUCCCGUACGUCUUCAGCUUGGUUGUAAUGGGAAUCCCCCUGUUUUUCAUGGAGUUGGCGAUUGGUCAGAGUCUGCGUCAAGGAUCUGUGGGUGUGUGGAAUGCCAUUCACCCCUUCUUGGGUGGACUGGGGUUCGCAUCAGUGGUUAUCUGCCUGUUGGUGGGCCUGUACUACAACAUGAUCAUCGCCUGGUGCUUUUACUAUUUAUUCGCUUCUUUCCAGGACCCUUUGCCUUACGCCAAUUGUCCUAUGGUGGAUAAUGUCACUUUCGUGGAGGAGUGUCAAUUAGCAGGCCGUACACAGUAUUACUGGUACAGGAAUGCCUUAGAAAUAAGUGCGUCCAUCGAAGAGAGUGGAGGACUCCUGUGGCAUUUGUGCCUGGUCUUGCUGCUCUCUUGGAUUGUUGUAUUCUUGUGCAUGAUGCGUGGUGUGGAAUCAGCAGGAAAAGCAGUCUACUUCACCGCCACAUUUCCAUACGUCGUGCUGAUUAUCUUCUUUGGUCGUGGGAUCAGUUUACCAGGCUCUGUUGAUGGCGUCAAACACAUGUUUACCCCUCAGUUUGAUAAACUUACUGAUCCUCAAGUCUGGCUGGAAGCCGCCACACAGAUUUUCUACUCGUUAGGAGUUGCUUUCGGUGGACUCAUCGCCAUGUCCAGUUACAACGAUGUCCAUAACAAUUGCAAACGGGACGCUAUUCUGGUGUCCACCAUCAACUGUGGCACCUCAAUCUUUGCUUCAAUUGUCAUUUUCUCCAUUCUUGGAUUCAAGGCCCAUCAUUCAUAUCACGAAUGUUUGGAUAUCUACGGAGGAAAUAGCACCAACAUUGAAAAGCAUUGUAAGGAUUUGGAAUUUUGGUUGUCUGAGUCUGCACAGGGACCUGGGUUAACAUUCAUCGCCUUCACGGAAGCGAUAGUGAAGAUGCCCAUAUCCCCGCUGUGGGCUGUGCUGUUUUUUUGCAUGUUACUGACUCUUGGACUCGGCAGUAUGUUUGGAACUUUGGAGGGAGCGCUCACACCUUUAUAUGACCUUCAAAUUUUUCCUUGCAGGAAAGAGAUCCUCACUGGUAUCCUCUGUGUUGCUAGUUUCCUGGUUGGUUUGUUAUUCUGUCAGAGGUCCGGCGAGUACUGGCUGCAGAUGUUUGAUUCGUUCAGUGGAACCAUUCCUGUUCUGUUCAUCGGCUUCUUUGAGCUGAUUGCUGUUCAUUACAUCUAUGGUGCAUCCAAGUUUGAGGAUGAUAUCGAGUACAUGAUUGGAAGCCGACCUGGGUGGUAUUGGAAGAUCACAUGGCGCUUUGUUGCCCCAUUCCUUGUUUUCAGUAUUCUGGUGGCUAGUAUAGUAAACAUGGGAAUCAAACCUAUCGUUUAUUCAGCCUGGCAUCCGGAACUUGCAGACGUGGUCCCGACUCAAUAUCCAAAUUGGGGAUAUGUUGUAAUAGUCAUUCUGAUUCUGUCGUCGUGUUUCUUUAUUCCAUUCAUCUUUAUACUGCGGAGGUUUGGUUUCACUAAUUACGAGAAAAAAGUGAGGCGCUCUGUGAGGGGAGAUGACGUCAUACCUCCGGGAUCUCUGACACCCCAAUUGUCACGUGUCGCACUAAAUUUAUCAGAAGAACCGCUGGGUGGGACCGACGACUUCGACGAAAAGUAUGAAUCGUAAAAGAAAAUAUAUUGGGUCCACGGCACUUCCUGACUUUUUUGGUGAGCGUGGUGUAUCUCUGGUUGAUUUCUGAUGCAAGUUUGACAACUCCAGUAUCGGUAUGUUUUUGUUUUAUAAAGCUUUGAGAAUGGAUUUUAUCUCCAAUAUGGACGUCUGACUUCGCUGUAAUUUGAUGUCUGAGUAACAAUUUUUAGUGUGUCUUCCAUGUGGCUUUCGGCUCUUUGAAAUAAUCUGAUAUAACAAAACCAUUGAUUUUAUUGAUUUUAUUAAGCUUUUUGAUUCCUUAACUCCUAGAAGAGAUUAACAAGUAACUUUUCCCUAUAAAAUCUAAACAUUAUCCAGCAAACAGGUCAUAAAAAUAUUCAAACUUAUCGGGUUGAAGUUGUUAUCUCGAUCUGACACCAAACUCUUGUAAGUUAUUUACAAGGAAAUGUGAAGCCAGAGGGAGAAUUAACUGAAUCUGAUAUUGAGAGUUAAAGGAUUAAUAGAUGUUAUCUGAUGAAUACUUUGUCGGCAGAAUUCAGCUUUUUUAUUAUUAGUGCACAAUGUGUCGUCCACAUUCGACAACUAUCAUAUGAAAUGUAUCGUAUUUGUGAUCUUGAUUAAAAUUUAUUGGAAAUGCA